AGAAAGACGCGAAGAGGCGUGAAAGCAGGUGAAUGGCAUUGGCAUAGGAAGGAACUGAAGCAGAUUAUUCUUUGCUCCUUUACUACACCUUCCUUCCCUCCCCUCUUUUCUCUUCUCUUUCUCCUGUUUUCUUUUCUGCAACCAUUUAAGCUUCUUUUUCCGAUUCCAAUUUCGCUCUUCUCUUCUCUUUUUCUUCCCUUUCUUCCCUCUUACUGUCCCCAAACCCUUUCAUCAACUUCAUCUUCUUCUUCUUCUUCUUCAUGCUGAAGAAAAGUGCUGCUUCACUUCUGCAACUUUAGGUUUCCGACCAAUUGGGUUCUUUCUCUCGCUGACUGUCAAUUUGAAUUGGUUUCGAACCACGAGUUCACUGCCCUGCGGCUUUUGAUUGGUUGCGAGUUUCCAAUUCUCGUUUUUGGUGUGCUGAACUGUGAGCAUUGUUUUUGAAUUGGGGGAUUUUCGUGUUUCGGUUGGGUUGGGUGUGCGGAUGCAUUAUGCUACGUGUUUUGCAGAUGGAUUGUGUGGAAUUUCGAAAUGGUUGAAAGUUUCAGUUGUUCUAUUGUAAAUGGGGUUUCGGGAUGUGUAUCUGCAACUGAAUCGAGAAGAAUGGCAUUUUUUUGGUCUGUGAUUGUGUUGUAGAUGGUGGGUUAGGCUGUAUAAUUGCUGUUGUUGGUUGAGUCUGUCGUUAAUUCAAUCUGGAUUUGAGUGCGGAUGAUUUCUUUAUGUGGCUGAGUGAGUGGUUUUUAUACAUCAGGAAAAUUUGUUGCAUUCGUUGUUGUCGUUGUUGUGUGGUUUAUUUUUUUCGAGAGUUUGGAACAUAGUCGGCAGACAAAAAGGAUUGACUUUUGUUCAUGGGUAAUAAACUUGGGAGGAGGAGACAAGUGGUAGAUGAGAAGUAUACUAGACCGCAAGGGUUGUAUAAUCAUAAAGACGUGGAUCAUAAGAAGCUGAGGAAGCUAAUACUUGAAUCUAAGCUAGCACCUUGCUAUCCUGGAGAUGAAGAAAGUGCCUAUGACCGUGAAGAGUGCCCUAUCUGCUUUCUGUAUUAUCCAAGUCUAAACCGAUCAAGAUGUUGCACAAAGAGCAUUUGUACAGAGUGCUUUCUACAGAUGAAAGUUCCAAAUUCCACUCGACCUACACAAUGUCCCUUCUGUAAAACAGCAAAUUAUGCUGUGGAGUAUCGUGGUGUGAAAUCAAAAGAAGAGAAGGGAUUGGAACAGAUUGAAGAGCAGCGUGUUAUUGAGGCAAAAAUUAGAAUCCGGCAGCAGGAACUUCAGGAUGAAGAGGAAAAAAUGCACAAAAGACUAGAAAUGAGCUCCUCAAAUGUAAAUGUGGCAGUUGCAGAUGUUGAAUACAGUUCAAAUGCAGUGUCUGCAUCUUCAAUUUCUGUUGUUGAACAUGAUGAAAUUGUUUCUUCUCAAGACUCAAGUGCCACAUCAAUGGUUAGACCAAAUGCAACCACUAGGACCAAUAGAGACGAUGAAUUUGAUGUUGACCUUGAGGACAUUAUGGUCAUGGAAGCAAUUUGGCUUUCCAUUCAGGAGAAUGGCAGGCAGAGAAAUUUAUCUUUUGCUGAUGCUACUUCUGGACACUACGCAGCUGAUGGUCAUUAUGUUUCGGCCGUAACUGAAUCAUCCUCGUCUCCAUCUGGAGGCCUUGCCUGUGCCAUUGCAGCUCUUGCUGAGCGCCAGCAAAUGGCUGGAGAAUCAUCUCUGAGCUUCACCAAUGAAAAUGUAUCAUCAUUCAACACACCGCAAAGUUCUAGAAGGUUUUAUAACAGACUUGGUCAGGAUAUGACUAGGUAUCCACCUGUUGACGACCUCAAUGAGGAGCCACCAGAUGGUAAUGCAGCGAUGACUAGGAGUCAUAGUGAAUGGGACACAGGGGCACAGAUGACUGAACAAGCAACUAGCUAUACAAACUCUAUUGUAGCAGAUGAUCGUGGUGAACUAUCUUCUUUGCCACAGUCUGAUGACAUUGAUGGAAGCCUUCAAAGUGCCACGGAACCUAUUAUUCCUGAGAGUUUUGAGGAACAGAUGAUGCUUGCUAUGGCUGUCUCUUUGGCUGAAGCUCGAGCCAUGUCCAGUGAGCAGAGUGCUUCUUGGGAUUAGUCUUUGAUUGGUUGAGGUACUGGUUUAAUCUCUUUUAAAUGGGUUACGCUUGCCUUGGGUAAAUUGGCAAGCCGAGUCCAAUGUUGAGAAUUUGAGGAAAGUUCACUCGUUGUGUGCAAUUUGUUCAAGGAUCAGGUAGUGAUCUCUCUUCCAACACAAAUUUAUAGAUAUAAAUGUCAAAGGAAAACUAAUGAUUCUAGUUGGUGAAAGGUUGCUGUUCAAUGGCAUUUUUUUUACUUGUCUUCAAUGUUUUCUCCCCGUCCCCCUCAUUGGUUUCUGUAAAUAGUUUUAGUCUUUGAUAGAUGUACUUUCAUUCUUACAGUAAUAUAUGACACAUUUUAAACAUUUACUGAA